GUUAAGUCACGUGAUAUAGCUGUACCGACACAGUAACAAAAUGGUGGCAGUUCACAGUUUGUAGGCGAGUUAUUUCCUCAACUCACUAAAUUACCAACACCCAUGGCAAGUAUCGCCGUAAAUGUAAACAGAUCCGUGCGGCGUGCCCAGGAACCCGUUACAUACACGUGUGCUUUGUGUGACAGUGACGACGAGGUACGAUGGUUUUGUAACGACUGUCAGGACAAUUUAUGUGACCGGUGUAAGGAAGCCCAUACACGCGGAAAGAAAACUAAAAACGAUGACGUUGUUUCGAUACGGGAGGCUAACCGUCAGGGUGGCAAGCCUGUACCAGAGGUAUGUAAACUACAUCCCGGUAAACUGUGUGAUCUCUUCUGUUCGGACUGCAACGAAUUGCUUUGUUCAAUAUGUACAUCUAAAACUCACAAACACCACAACUGGAAACCUUUCGAAGACGAAUUUUCUUCUAAAAAGCAACAUUUGAAAGAACAUAUGACAGCAAUUUCUGCUAAAAUAGAACAUUUCAAGAACGAGACAUCAGAGCGACAUCAUGAUUUUGAAGGGUUCAAUGGCAGCAUUGAUACAGUGAGGAAAGAGGUGAACUCCCAAAGGACAAAGUUAAAGGCCGAAGUAGAUUCUAUCGCUGAUGCGAUACUUACCGAAUUAUCGGCUUUAGAAAAAGAAGAAUCAACAAUGCACAAGAAAGAUUGUCAACGAUCAGAGAAAAAAGUCGAAGAACUGACGCAUCUGCUUAACGAAGCGGAAAUGACAGAUACAUCAAGCGUAUCCUUGUUUGAAACUGAAAGGUCAUUGAGGACAAGGCUGCCCCUGUAUGACGUUAAUGUGAGAUAUGUUUCACCCAAACAACCAAGGUUUGUUACCGGAAGUAUCGACAGUGUCAUGUUGACAAAAACGUUUGGUAAAUUACACCACGAGAACCAGUACGAGAAGAUAGACAUCGACAGUAAACACGUUCAACGUCUCUCUAAGUUUACUGUCACUCCACAGAAUGGAAUAUACAGUAUUUGUCCAGUCGACGACAGUCACGCGUGGUUAUCAAUACAUCAAUAUCAGGGUCUGGUACUGGUCAACAAGGAGGGUGUGGUCAUAGAGACAGUAAAACUGGACUUCUGUCCGUUCAUGAUCACCAUGGUCAGGACAACAGACAUACUUAUGACCAGUGAUCCACUUAGUACAUUUGUAUAUAAACUAUCACUACACAACAAACAAGUGACAACAUUUGCUGACAUCAGACCACAUAACGCAUUUGACGUCAGUAUCAACAAGAGGGGCGAGGUUUUUGUUUGUACAGGUACACCAGACAUAGUGGUACUGAAUCAGUCAGGUACGAUUGUGAGGAAGGCCACGAUUGGAUCAGAAACUAUAAUGUUCGUUGUCUGCUUGUCAUCGCGACGUCUGUGUGUAGUUCAAACAAUUGGAGGAAAGUGGACUGAUUUGAACAUAAAGAUAACAGACGAGUCAGGUACCGUCAUACAGACAUGGACUGGUGAACUCGACAACGGUCAAAAGGUCGGUAGUAUGUGCCUCUGUAAGAUGUCAUGUGAUAAGUACGAUAGAGUUUUUGUAGCAGACAUCAGUAACAAUCAGGUGUACGUCCUACCGAGAGACGGUAAACAAGCUGUGUGUCUCCUAGACCGGACACACGGAGUGGUGAAACUUAAAGCGGUGGGUGUGGACACGUGUGGUAACGUGUGGAUCGGGUGUAGAGACAGUACUGUACACGUGAUGGGACUGUAACAUGAGGAAAUAGUGAUAUACGGUACCCGUGAUGGGACUGUAACAUGGGGUAAUAGAGAUAUACGGUACACGUGAUGGGGCUGUAACAUUGGGAAAUAGUGAUAUACGGUACACGUGAUGGGAUUGUAACAUGUGGAAAUAGUGAUAUACGGUACCCGUGAUGGGACUGUAACAUGGGGUAAUAGUGAUAUAAGGUACACGUGAUGGGGCUGUAACAUGAGGAAAUAGUGAAAUCGGUACAUGUGAUGGGACUGUAACAUGGGGAAAUAGUGAUUUACGGUACACGUGAUGGUACUGUAACAUGGGGUAAUAGUGAUAUACGGUCCACGUGAUGGGACUGUAACAUGGGGAAAUAGUGAUUUACGGUACACGUGAUGGUACUGUAACAUGGGGUAAUAGUGAUAUACGGUACACGUGAUUGGGCUGUAACAUGAGGAAAUAGUGAUAUAGGUACAUGUGAUGGGAAUGUAACAUGGGGAAAUAGUGAUAUACGGUACCCGUGAUGGGACUGUAACAUGGGGAAAUAGUUAUAUACGGUACACGUGAUGGGACUGUAACAUGGCGAAAUAGUGAUAUACGGUACACGUGAUGGGAUUGUAACAUGUGGAAAUAGUGAUAUACGGUACCCGUGAUGGGACUGUAACAUGGGGAAAUAGUGAUAUAUACGGUACACGUGAUGUGACUGUAACAUGAGGAAAUAGUGAUAUACGGUACACGUGAUGGGGCUGUAACAUGAGGAAAUAGUGAUAUAGGUACAUGUGAUGGGACUGUAACAUGGGGAAAUAGUGAUAUACGGUACACGUGAUGGGACUGUAACAUGGGGAAAUAGUGAUAUACGGUACACGUGAUGGGA